AUCAGAUCAGGGCAGGUACUCUGUCUCUUCCAGCAGUGUGUCUGUAGGCGAGCGUGAGACGCGACGCCGCUCCACCCCGCGCAUGUGACGCGCUGCGGGCUGACUCAGCGGGGGGACGGGCUCAAACCGACUCCGUCACUCCGCGUCAGUCCGGAGUCGCACAAUUAUGAAAAAUCCACCUUCCGCUGGAGCUGCAGCGGACGCACACGACUCCCACCGCCGCCACCGGGCUUUCCUCGCGAGGCUUACCGAGCAGCACAGCGCCGAUAGAUGGCUAGACGCCCCGGAUCAGCGCCUCGUGAGUCUGAACGGUGAAGAGAAUGUCCCAGAAGUCCUGGAUCGAACACACUUUCACCAGGAGGGAAUGUGUCUAUAUUCUGCCCGUGUCGAAGGACCCUCACAGAUGCCUCCCAGGAUGCCAAAUCUGCCAGCAGCUCGUGCGAUGCUGCUGCGGGCGUCUGGUUCGGCAGCACGUGGGCUUCACUGCCACACUGGCAAUGAAAUACUCAGACGUGCGUCUGACCGAGGGAGAGCAGUCCGAUCUGGAGCAGUGGUCAGUGGAGAAGCACACGGAGGAGAGUCCCACUGACGCUUAUGGAGUCAUCAACUUCCAGGGAGGAUCCCAUUCAUACAGAGCCAAGUAUGUGCGUCUCUCCUAUGACUCCCGUCCGGAGGCCGUCCUGAGGCUCAUGCUGAAGGAGUGGCAGAUGGAGCUGCCGAAGAUCGUCAUCAGCGUUCACGGGGGAAUCCAGAACUUCGACCUGCAUCCGCGGAUCAAACAGGUGGUGGGGAAAGGCCUGAUCAAAGCUGCUGUCACCACCGGGGCCUGGAUCCUGACCGGAGGGGUCAACACAGGUGUGGCCAAACAUGUGGGUGACGCUCUGAAGGAACAUAUGUCCAGAUCGGCUCGGAAAAUCUGUACGGUGGGAAUCGCACCCUGGGGGGUGAUCGAAAACAGGAACGACCUCAUCGGAAGAGACGUUGUAGCGCCGUACCAAACCCUGCUGAAUCCUCUCAGUAAACUCAACGUGCUGAACAACUUCCACUCUCAUUUCAUCCUGGUGGAUGAUGGGACAGUCGGGAAAUAUGGAGCUGAAGUCAAACUCAGGAGAGAGCUGGAGAAACACGUUAACCUGCAGAGAAUCCACGCCCGCAUUGGUCAGGGCGUCCCGGUCGUGGCGCUGAUCUUCGAAGGCGGUCCAAACGUGAUCCUGACGGUGCUGGAGUAUCUUCAGGAGAGUCCGCCGGUGCCGGUGGUGGUGUGUGAGGGAACCGGACGCGCCGCUGAUAUACUGGCAUACGUACACAAGCAGACGGAGCAGGACGGAGCGCUGCCUGACGGCGUUGAGGCCGACAUCAUCACGACAAUCAAGAAAACGUUUAACUUCAGCCAGAGUGACGCGCUGCACCUCUUCCAGACGCUGAUGGAGUGCAUGAAGAACAAAGAGCUGAUCACAGUGUUUCCUGUGGGCUCGGAGGAUCAUCAGGACAUCGAUGUGGCCAUCCUGAAGGCUCUGCUCAAAGGCACAAACGCGUCGGCCUUCGAUCAGCUGGUCCUGACGCUGGCGUGGGAUCGGGUGGACAUCGCUAAAGAUCAUAUCUUUGUUUACGGACGACAGCUGCUGGUGGGUUCCCUCGAGCAGGCGAUGCUGGAUGCGUUGGUGAUGGACCGCGUGGAGUUCGUUAAGCUCCUGAUCGAGAAUGGUGUCAGCAUGCACCGCUUCCUCACGAUCACACGUCUGGAGGAGCUGUACAACACGAAACAAACUCAGACCGAUCCGACGCUCUAUCACCUGGUGAGGGACGUCAAACAGGGUAACCUCCCGCCCAACUAUAAGAUCACGCUGAUCGACGUGGGUCUGGUGAUCGAGUAUCUGAUGGGAGGAACGUACAGGUGCAACUACACACGCAAACGCUUCCGCACCAUCUACAACAACCUGCACGGGAACAGCCGGCGGUCAAGUCGACACACAGCCGGCAGCACCCAUGAGUCGUUCAGCAUACAGGCAGAUAAAAAAGAGAAAACGCGACACAAUCACUUCAUCAAAACAGCACAGCCCUACAAACCCAGGCUGGAUUCAGUCUCAGAGCAGCAGCAGAAGAAGAAGAGUAAGGAGGAGGUGGUGGACAUCGACGAUCCGGAGACGCGCAGGUUCCCGUACCCCUUCAACGAGCUGCUGGUGUGGGCCGUGCUGAUGAAGCGGCAGAAGAUGUCUCUGUUCUUCUGGCAGCACGGCGAGGAGUCCAUGGCCAAAGCGCUGGUGGCCUGCAAACUGCUGCGCUCCAUGGGAUACGAGGCCAAGAAGUGCGACGUGGUGGACGACACGUCCGAGGAGCUGAAGGAGUAUUCCAAUGAGUUCGGCACGCUGGCGGUGGAUCUGCUGGAGCAGUCGUUCAGGCAGGACGAGACCAUGGCCAUGAAGCUGCUGACCUACCAGCUGAAGAACUGGAGCAACUCCACCUGUUCUGAAGCUGCCCUAACGUGUUCGUCGCGCCUCCGGCCGUUCGUGGCUCACACCUGCACACAGAUGACAGAGUUUUGUGCUGGUCAGAUCCGAACGUUAAGCCUUCGUGCAGCUUUGUGUUUCAUGUUCAUGUCUGAAGGAGGCAAAAUCAGUCAGAAGAUUAAAGUCUGGUUCAGCAACUACUUCAACAGUUCUGAUUUCCUGGCCAUCCUGAUGUUCUUCGUGGGCUUCGGCCUGCGCUUCGGCUCAGAGAGCGUGUUCACCGCGGGCCGGAUCGUGUACUGUCUGAACAUCAUCUUCUGGUACGUGCGGCUGCUGGAUAUCCUGAUGGUCAAUCAGCAGGCUGGACCCUACGUCACGAUGAUCGGGAAGAUGGUGGCCAACAUGUUCUACAUCGUGGUCAUCAUGGCCGUCGUGCUGCUGAGUUUCGGGGUUCCUCGGAAAGCCAUUCUGUACCCAAACGAGGCUCCCUCGUGGACUUUGGCCAGAGAUGUGGUGUUCCAGCCCUACUGGAUGAUGUACGGUGAAGUUUACGCCUACGAGAUCGACGUGUGUGCGAACUCGAGCGACCCGAACGUGAAGGAUCUGUGCAGGACAGGUGUGUGGCUGACGCCGCUGCUGCAGGCCGUCUAUCUGUUCGUCCAGUACAUACUGAUGGUCAACCUGCUCAUCGCCUUCUUCAAUAACGUCUACAUGCAGGUGAUGUCCAUAUCCAACCUGGUGUGGAAAUACCAGCGCUAUCACUUCAUCAUGGCGUACCACGACAAGCCGGUCCUGCCGCCGCCGCUGAUUCUGCUCAGCCACGCCGCGUCUCUGCUGUCCUCCGUCUGCAGGAAGAGGAAGAAGGACAGCAGCACCUACGGACCAAAGCUCUUCCUGACCGAGGAGGACCAGAAGAAGCUGCACGACUUCGAGGAGCAGUGCGUGGAGACGUACUUCCACGAGAAAGACAAUCAGUUUCACUCCGGGAGUGAAGAGAGAAUCAGACUCACGUCCGACAGGGUGGACACGAUGUGUGUGCAGCUGAAGGAGGUCGGAAACAAGGUGAACUUCAUCAAGCGCUCUUUGCACACGCUGGAUUCUCAGAUCGGACACCUGCAGGACCUGUCGGUGCUCACGGUGGACACACUGAAGGCGCUGACCGCGCAGCGAGCGUCCGAGGCUAGCAAAGUGCACAACCAGAUCACGCGCGAGCUCAGCGUCUCCAAGAACCUGGGGCCCGACGUGACGGGGCACUCGAAGUCAAGCGCGCUGGUGCGGUGCAGCGUGGGAUUCCUGCCUCCCGCCGCCAGCAUAGCAGAGUCUCUGUUUGGGGGCGGAGCCAAGGAGCGGCAGGGGGCGGAGCUUCGUCCCAGCCUCGAGAGACGUCCUCCGUUCACAGCCGAGGCUGGAUCCUCACCACAGCUGCGGCGCCGCGGACGCUCAGUGCAGCCGGACACGGGUCCAAGCCUCGUCAGCGCACCAGCGGCCGCGUUCUCCGUCAGCACACCGUCGCAGACGCACACGGAGCCGGCGCAUGUCGCAGUGGAGUUCGGGGCCUUCGUAGGUGAGUAUGAGGAGGAAGAGGAGGGUGUUUAUGAGAGGAGUGAUGGAGGGCCCCCAGGGGUGUUCGUGAGUGAGCCUGAGCGCGAGGGAUACGUCAAUCACGCCUUCGCUGAUGAUGAAGACGAUAGACCCGCCCCCGGCCCACCCGAAAGAAACACACCCCUCCCUCUGGCCCCCGAGCACCGGCCCCGGGGCCCGCGGCGCUUCCGGAGAGACGGCCGCUGCAGACGCGCGCUGAACAGACUCAGAGAGAGGAGCGGAGGUCACAAGGAUGAUCCUGAGGGUCAGAGGUCGUUUCCUAAAGAGGGUGCGAGGGUCAGCGGCCGGCAGUCGAGUCCCUCCAGAAAGGCUGUGGAUGUGGCGGCGGCGCAGGGUCACAUGCGGACGGUGAACUCGUACGCCGGCUUCACCGAGCUCGACAGAAACCCUCCGCUCCUGCAUCCGGAGUCCACGCUCGGGAAGCAGGAGAAGACACGCGUGUCGUCGGAGGACGUCUCGUGUUAUGAGGAUCUGCUGCUGGUCAGGGAAAUCAGCUCAGUCCAGCAAACUCAGUCCAGGAGACGACAUCUCAAACACUGCAGCGGGGCUGUACGGCGCUCGACACACACACCUGGCUGCACGCAAGGACUCAUCGGUUCUCCGUUCAAGCCCGUGGAGAGUUAUCAGUAUUCAGCGGUGGAGCGUAAUAACCUGAUGCGGUUGUCUCAGAGUAUUCCAUUCACCCCAGUGCCCCCUAGAGGUGAACCGGUGACCGUGUACUGUCUGGAGGAGAGCUCUCCCAACAGCAUCAACAACAGCAUGUCAUCGUGGGCUCAGCGAGGGCUCUGUGCUAAGAUCGAGUUCCUCAGUAAGGAGGAGAUGGGAGGAGGUCUGCGGCGGGCGCUGAAGGUGCUCUGCACCUGGUCCGAGUACGACAUCCUCAAGCCUGGACACCUGUACAUCGUCAAGUCCUUCCUGCCCGAGGUGGUCAACACCUGGCAGAGCAUUUACAGAGAGGACACAGUCCUGCACCUCUGUCUCAGGGAAAUUCAGCAGCAGAGAGCAGCUCAGAAACUCACGUUUGCCUUCAAUCAGAUCAGACCCAAAACCAUCCCGUACUCCCCCAGGUUUCUGGAGGUCUUCCUGCUCUACUGUCACUCUGCCGGUCAGUGGUUUGCCAUCGAGGAGGAGUGCAUCACUGGAGACUUCCGCAAGUUUAACAACAACAACGGGGAUGAAAUCGUCCCGACCAACCUUCUGGAGGAAACCAUGCUGGCCUUCAGCCACUGGACGUAUGAAUACACACGAGGAGAGCUGCUGGUGCUGGACCUGCAGGGGGUCGGUGAGAUACUGACAGAUCCGUCAGUCAUUAAGAGCGGAGAGAAAGGGUCUUAUGAUAUGAUCUUCGGCCCUGCGAAUCUCGGAGACGAUGCCAUCCGAAACUUCCGCACCAAACAUCACUGCAACUCGUGCUGCAGGAAACUCAAGCUUCCCGAUCUGAAGCAGAACGACUACACUCCUGAUAAACUGACGCUGCAGCAUGACCCCUCCGAGGACCCGUCCGCUAAAGAACAGCAUCCCUCAGUGCGCUUAAUGCUGUGAGACACACACACACACACACACCAGCACACACUCACAUCACAGUGUGUGUGUGCGAGGACGCAAGCGUGCAUGUUUUAUAUGAAUGCGUCGCCUAUGAACAAAUGAUGCAAUCUAGAGAUGCUUUAAUAAGUCACGUUUUAUCCUGUACAGGGAUUAUCAGCUUUUAAAAGUAUUUUAUAAAGUUUUUGUCUGUAUAAAAGUAUAAAGUGGCUAAUAACUGGUACAAUAUCACUGUAUAGAAUUAAAUAUUUAUUCUAAACUAGAGGAAGUUGCCUUGUAUAAAAUAAAAUGUCUGUCAGUUUUGGGAAAGAACUCUUGCUCAUUAUACUAUUAUCAGAUUUUGUACAGAGCUGUAUGCCAAGAGAAUGUUUUUAUGUACAGAUCUGUAUGAAUGCAUUUAUGGUUCAGACUCGCUGCGUGUUUGAAUCUUGUGUAGAUUAUGGGCAGAUUGCAAUGCAAACGACGGCGCAGUCAUCACUCACCUUUAUAAUGUUACAGCGGUACUGUCGUCAGAGUAUCGUGUGAAAGGGUUAAUAGUGUAUCUCAUAGAUACAUUUAUCUGGCACGGCUCGAUCAACUCACACAUGAGAGUGUUUGAUGCUGGGGAUACUAUAUUAAUGGAUCUGUACACAUUUUUUACUGUGUAUUUAAUAAAACACUGAAAAAUCA